AUGCCCAAAUCCGACGACUCAGAAUCCUCAUCCACCAAACCUGUUAACCCUGCCCUGCACCCGGCCUACUCUGUGUCCAAUAUUCAGUCCAAGAUACGAACCCUAGAUGGAACAAAAGUGACUUAUACCUCCUGGGUGAAGUUGUUCAAGUUCCAUGCUAUAGCUUACAAAGUGCUCAACCAUAUUGACGGGUCAACCAAACCCAAAUCCACUGGCCCAGACUUUGAAACAUGGAAAGCGAUUGAUGCACUCGUGUCUCAAUGGAUCUUCCGCACAGUGUCAGAUGAUUUGCUUGGUCAAGUGCUGGAUAUAGACGCCACAGCCAGGGACACUUGGGUUCGGUUAGAGAAGCACUUUCUCAGCAAUAAACAGGCCAGGGCAGGAGCACUGGAAACCAAGUUCGUUAACCUCACGCUGGCUGCAUGUUCUUCUAUGGACGAUUACUGCCAACAACUCAAAGACUUGGCAAAUCAACUGGCUGACGUUGAUCAGCCAAUCACUGAAUCCAGGCUCGUUUUACAACUUGUUCGUGGACUUUCUCAGGAGUUUGACACUACUGCUCAGUUAAUUCACUUUCAAAAGGCUGAUUGGGAUCUUGCUAGAACGAUGUUAAAUGAUGAAGUCAUACGCCAAGAGGCAAGAAAACAACGGAAUACUUCUGUUCUGGUUGCACCAGCCACUGCAGCCCCAAAUAACUCCACUGCAGCCACCCAAAACAAUCAGCAACCACCUGUUAAUCACCCAAACUGA